AUGGAGGCUGUUGGUCUCACCGUCGGGGUCGUUGGGCUCGCUGGCCUCUUCAGCUCCUGCCUAGAGGCUGUGGACAAGGUGCAGACCUACCGAUCAUUCGGGCCCGACUCGCACGUACUAGACACCAAGUUCAAGGCUACCAAGGUCCGCCUCGAGGAAUGGGGUCGGCGCGUCGGGUUCGAAGAAACGAUGCGGUCGGAAGACCACCACCCUGCUCUCGACAACCGCGAUAUAUUUGCGACGGUACGGGAUAUUUUACAGAUCAUUAAUACUCUCUGUGAUGCGAGUGACACGUCUGUACACCGCACCGGCCGGGCCAUGACGCCAAGUAAUGACGCCUCGUUGGGCUCGCUCCGACCCCAGCCUCACGGCACGAGGCGACGGAAACUGGUUUGGACGCUCUGGGGCAAGACAGAGCGCACAGAUCAGGUCGAGCUGUUCGAAAAGCUGGUGCAACAACUGCACAACUUGGUGCCCGUCCAUGCAGUGCAGGGGACGCGGCCGGUACACGAGCUGGACACCAGGCGCACCGACAAGCUCGCGUCCGGGUUAGAAACUUCCUCAGGCCAUGCUUGGCCCGCUGAGCUGCAGCGGAUCCUCGCCCGGAUCGAAGAGGCGAACAGAGCCGAGACGCGACGGGCAAUCCACUCCUGGCUCGGCCGCGGGUCCCCAAACGAACGCUACCAUGACUCCGUCCAGAAGAGGCUUGUCGGCACCUGCGACUGGAUCUUCCACCAGCCCGCAUUCCAGAACUGGCUCGACCAAGAAUUCCCCGCAGGCGCAAAGCUGCUGUGGAUCAACGGACCCGCAGGGUUCGGCAAGACGAUUCUGUGCGCGCACGUCGUCGAACACGAGUACGCUUCGGGUCCCCGUGUGAAAACUUAGGCUCCCCGUGUGCCUAGCCUAAGGAGGCAAGGCUUAACGCUAGUAAUGCAGCUAGACGAGAGUUCUUAAGUUUUCCCGAAUAAUGAGGGUUUGGUGCAGACAGGGAUAAAUAAGUUUCUCG